AUGCCGACAAUCGCGGAAGGUGCUUCCGCGGGGGGACAAUUCAGUCCGACGAAUCAUGAUGUAAAAAUCACGUCGUGGUCUCAGGAGCUAGAUGACGAACAAUGGACGAGGAGAAGCAGGCAACGUGCUCACGAUCCUACUAGUUGUGCACCAGCGGCAGCUAAUCGUAUUCCUAUGGGCUUGGGAGGAGCACCAGCACCCCCUCCACCUCCACCUCCGCCUACGACACCUCUACAGAUUGACAGAAGCAUGGUCAUGGGGCUACAGGAAAUGCCGCGUGGACAACAGUCACUUCAACCUGGUGUGGGCGGACCACAAUCUAAUGCUGCUAUGACAGAUCGCCUAAGUGGGGGACAACCCGCUCGUCUGUCCUUACAUAACGGUUCAGGGAUGAAUCACAUGACGAGAAGCAUCUACGACAGCCAACUUACACAGCUCUCGGUUCCGCCUGGCCUUGACAUUGCAGAACCAAUACAUCAGCUUCUGUCUUGUACCACGCCGACUCCACGAUUGCAUGAAGAUUACAGUAUUGUUAAAGGGAGGAUGAAUAGUGUUGCGAGCAACACCUUGAACCUUGCAUCUUCUCUAG